CUGAAUGCGUACAAAAUUAUGCUAUAUAAAUAUCAUUUAACUUAAUUUUAUCUAGUUUUAAUCUGAAGAAUGGGAAUAUAUAAAGGAUUUAUUGCGUGUGGAGCAUUUCUCAUGUGCCUCGUUUCGUCACAAAAAUUAAAAACACCUGAGGUAUAUUACCUUCAUGUCACCUCGGAAAUUGACUUCCGGUUUGCCAAAACUGUAGUAACCAGUAAAGUUGUCAAUAAGGAACCGGGUGCGAGGGAAGCCGUGUUCGAUCUAACUCUUCCAAAUGAGGCUUUCAUAACAGCAUUUAAAUUGACAAUAAAUGGCACAGAAAUUAAUGGCAAAGUGAAAGAAAAGGAACAAGCCAAACAGGAAUUUGAGGCUGCCAAAGCAAAAGGACAGAGUGCAGGUCAUAUUGUAGCCAAGCCCAGAGAAACAAAUAAAUUUCAAAUUCAAGUCAAUGUAGCAGCCCAAGAAAAGGUGACAUUCGAGUUAACAUACCGGGAACUUCUCACACGAACUAAAGGUCUAUACAACCAUGUUAUUUACAUCAAUCCUGGACAAGUGGUAGACGACUUAAAGAUCAACGUCUUGAUAAAGGAAUCAAGAAAUAUAACUACCAUCAAAACCCCGCCAAUAAGAAAUGAUCUUCUUACGGAAGGUCCUGAAGGAACCAACCAGCUUGCCGUGGUUGACCGUAUAUCUCCUACAAAAGUCUUUAUUUCAUACGAGCCGUCCAGAGCAGAACAAGAGCCCGGAAUCUCUGGUCAGUUUAUUGUCCAGUACGACGUGGACAGAAGUGACAAUGCUGGGGAUAUUCUGGUAAUGGAUGGUUAUUUUGUACAUUUCUUGGCACCCAAGGGAAUCGAACCGAUGCCAAUGGAUAUCGUGUUUGUACUGGAUAAAAGUGGUUCAAUGAGUGGGACAAAGAUGGGACAGCUUCAAGAAUCUAUGUAUAAGAUUAUAGACGAUAUCCGGCAAGAAGAUAAGAUCCUGAUCAUUGCGUUCGACUCUUCGCUGUCGUACUGGAAACCUGAAUUUGUCCAGGCAACAUCUUCAAACAAAAACGCAGCCAAAGAGUAUAUUAGAAAGACGGAUGCAAGCGGAGGGACAAAUAUAGAUCUUUCAUUAAGAGAAGGUCUUCAGAAACUAAUGCAAAUUAGUGGAACCAAAGGGAGAGCAUCUCUGAUGGUUUUCCUAACCGAUGGACAAGCCACUUCUGGAGAAACCAGAACUGAAAGAAUACUAGAAUACGUCAAGAAACAAAACGAAGCCCAACUGCCUAUUUUCAGUCUUGCCUUUGGAAGAGGCGCUGACUUUGAUAUAGUCAAAAGACUUGCAGCACAGAAUAACGGGUUUGCAAGAAAAAUCUACGAAGAUGCAGAUGCAGCUCUCCAGAUAGCUGGAUUUUACGAAGAAAUUUCAACCGUUUUACUGAAGAAUGUCUCAUUCAACUAUGUUGAUGGAACACUCUAUGACACUACAGUUACUGAGACCAACUUCAACACUUACUUCAGAGGUACCGAAAUGGUUGUUGCAGGAAAAGUAAAAGAUCUGAACAAGCUACAAUCAGGCAUGACUGUAAAUGGAGAAGGAAGUAGAAACAGCGUGUCUCUUCGCAUACCUGCCAAUCACGGAAUCAUUAUUCCAUGGCCAGUCCAUCCUUUUCCUCCACGUCCACCCAGACCAUUCCCCACUCCUUUACCCCCUGUGACCACGAGAAAUCCAGGAAUGAUGGAGAAACUUUGGGCGUAUUUGUCUAUCAAACAAAUGCUAAGAGAUAAAGAUACACUCAAUUCACCGGCAGAGAUCAAAAAGUUAGAAGACAAAAUUCUCCAGCUCUCUCUAAAGUAUCAGUUUGUAACGCCACUUACUUCUAUGGUGGUGACUCUGCCUGAUAAAACCAAAGCUAAUCCAAGUGAGGUUAAGGCAUCAGAAUCCAUUCCGACUGACUCUUUGUCUUCUAGCUGGUCUUUGAACAGAGGGGCACCUGCACCACAACUAAUGCCAAAUGGUGGUGCCAAUGCAAUGAUGUUUCCUCCAUCGGUAUCCUCAUUUGGUUCUCAACAAAGAGCACCACCAUCUAAUCGAUUUGGAUCGAAUAGGAAAAGCUCAAGAAGGGGAGGUGGUAAUGCAAUGAUGUUUUAUCAAUCUUUAUCCUCAUCUGGAGUUCAACAAACUAUUCAGCCAAGAAUACUUAGUGGAUUCAGUGUGAUAUCAAUACCUAGCUGGAAUUCAUUACCUACAAUACCUAGCUUCGACGCGAGAUUCCCCCGACAGCGACCUCAAAGAAAACCAUCCUUGUUCUUUACAACCACCACCACCACAACCACCACCACCACUCCAAAACCAGUACCGCCAUCUGUACCAAAGGCAAGGACUCUAGAGAAAUCCCAGGUUCCAUCUUUUGGAGUUAUCCUUCCUGGCCUAGCGAAACCCCUUUGCUUUGAUUUACCUAUGAGCUCAUCUUCCAUGUACACCAUCUUGAAAUCAACAUCACCAGGCUACCGUAUGGACGGUCAGUUUGGGACAGAGAUGAUUAAUAAAAUCACAGUAAGAGAUGGCAGGGUAGUGAGCUUUACCGCCGACAGGAGAGACAUUACCAAAACACCCGUUUAUCAAAAGAAUAUUAAUGACGUCACUGUAACAGCCAUUAACACACCACUGGGUUUGCAACUCUGGGCGGAAUUCACGACUACAAAAAAUGACGUGGAGGGCUUUGCAGCCAUCUUCAGUGACUACAGUGGUAAACUCGUUGACAUAGUCAUGAAGUCGGGUGAAUUUGUCGCUUAUGUCGACCUGGUCAAGACAAAUGGACAACAAACCUCUCUGGGAGCGAUUACCAAGGAAUUUGGGGACGGGGUGUGUUGGUACUUGGACAGUGAAACCAUUAAGAAGUUUUACACAAAUAUGUCUCAAUUCCAAGUUGCUGGAGUGUGAAUCUGUUUGUCUUUUCCCUCUACAUGUAUGUUGAGGAAGUACUUGUUGAAUAUGAAUCUGUUGAAUUGUAUUUAUGAUGCAUUAAACACUACAUGUGUAUUAAAUUA